UCUUUCACAUUUCUCUCAAAGUGAUCAGACGAGUUAAACAAACAACAACAGAGAAUCAAACAAUGGCCCUCUUCUCCGCCGCGCUUCCCCUUCUCCUCCUCUUCCUCUCUGUUUCCUCUCCGUCUGUUAGCGGAAACACUGCGCAGUCCGUCGAAUGCUCCGCCGUGAUAAUGACCUUGACGAAGUGUUUGCCUUUCGUGACGAUCGGGAGUCAAGUGGAGAAGCCCGAGACCGCGUGUUGCUCUGUUCUCAAAACCGUGCUCGACACGAAAGCUGAAUGUCUGUGCGAAGGGUUGAAGAGCAGUGCCGCCGCGGGAAUCAAUCUGAACCUCACUAAAGCCGGUACUCUUCCCGAUGCUUGCCAAGUCAAAGCUCCUCCCAUGCCUGCUUGUGCAUUGUUUGCUAAACCCCCUGCUAGUGCGCCAGCUCCAGUUCCUGCUGCUAGACCACUAAAUGGAUCGGGACCGAGUUCGAACUCAGCUCCAGCUCCAAGCCCUUCUCAUAGUAACCAUGGAUCUUCAAUCUCUGUCUUGUCACUCGCAAUCAGCGGCGCAUUGGUCAUAAUGUUCGCUCGUAUCUAACACCCCUAUCAUUUUUAGUUAAGAGUUUGCUUUUAUCUUGUGAGUAACUAUGGAGUUCUCUUGUUGAGACCGCUUAUAUUUUUAGUUAUGACAUUACCAA